ACGCCGUACCCCCUCUCUUCAUUCAUCCACGGGGAUUUUAGGUCUCGCGACAUUUGGGUACCUGAACCGGCAAACCGCUCACAAGGUCAGUGACAGUUACACGAGCUGUCGGCCGGUGGUGGACCUCGCGGAGCAGUGUGUUAAAAGACAGGCAGGCAGGCAGACACCUUCUCCUUUAGCUUAAACAGUGAAGCGUGUGUCGGCUCAGACAUGGCCAGAGGAAGCCGCAGCCGUCCCUCAGCACCCAGCCCUGUUCCAUCCCAUGCUCCGGCCCCUGUUCAUCCACCUCCCUCUGCCCUGGCCCCGGCUCCAGCUCAGUCCCAGGGGCCCGGCCUCAUGGCCCAGAUGGCUACCACAGCGGCUGGGGUUGCAGUAGGCUCAGCCGUGGGCCACGUUGUUGGCAGCGCCCUCACCGGCGCGUUCAGUGGGGGCAGCAGCAGCAGCAGCAGCAGCAGUUCAGAGCCAGCCAAGCCGACAUACCAGGAGCCCCCCCGGCCCGCUCCAGCCCAGCCGGGCCCCUGUCACUUUGAAGUCAAACAGUUCCUGGACUGUGCCACCAACCAGAGUGACCUGACUCUAUGUGAGGGCUUCAAUGAGGCGCUCAAACAGUGCAAGUACUCCCAUGGUGUGACAUCACUGGUGUGAAGGUCAGGCUCCAGCUGUCAAUCAAACAUAGUGUAGACACAACAGAGCACACAAUGUGAACACUGUCCCAGCAGAGAGAAUGCUGCUUUUGUUUGUUUGGAUGAUUGAUGUGUGAUGAAUGAAGUUUUGCUAAUGUACAGUGAUGACCUUUAAUAAACAAUGCUAUCCACUUCA